AUGCCUCCGUCCUCGCCGCCGCAGCAGAAUGUGGUUCGACGCUUUGCCCCAGAGCCAAUCGAGACGACUACGAAAUCGUCCAAGCAGGCCCGAAAGCACUCGCCCGAUGAACAUUCCGCCGAACGAGAGCUGCCUAGAAUUAGACGCUUUGCUCCAGAGCCCUUCGAAACCACGUCCAAGUCAACUCGCAGCUCCACCUCGAGCCUCACACAGGCUUCCAAGCCACCUGUUCGACGCUUCGCCCCACAGCCAAUCGAGACGACGCAGAAGAGCAGCAAAGACAGAGCUGCCCGCAGUGGCCCGAAUCACAGUAGAACGAGUCAUACAGGACCUCAGUCGCAGCUGACUGAGGCCUGCUCCGCCGGCAAUUGCUCUCCGUCGCGGAGUAGUGGUCAAAGGACGAGCCAACAUGGCGAUGUCAUCUCCCGGGGAGCUGCAGAGGGCUCUGUGCCACGUAGAUUCCAGCCCGAGGUGUUAUCAACUGCCAAACGGUCACGCAGAAAGGGCGAUGCCAAUGACGCCAACUAUCAGAAUUACAAGACCGAGGAAGGCUUCAUGCGGCGCUGUAUAUCACCCUUGGAUGGCAGUGCGCCACCCAGAUCAGAUCUUCAGCCUGAACGCUCACAUUCUUUUCGAUGUCCCGAGCUCGAUACGAUUGAGAGCUCCGAAAGUGAGCGCGAAUCCGGCUAUUCCUCUCGCAGGUCAUGUAGCCCUGGCCAAGGCUCGCCUAUAACUGCUUCUGAUAUGUCCCUCCCACAAGCUUCCUACAAACACGCCACACGGAUGCGAGAGAGCGUGGACGAGAGCUUCAGUCACUACUUGUUGCAGCUUGAACAGAAGAAGGCUCAGCGGAGGCUUGAGGAGGCAGCGCUCGCAGCUUUUCCAAACUCAGACUUUCAUGAACCCGUACAGCACUAUAUCAAUAGCGAGCAGGAUGGCAGCGAAGAAAUGGAGAUUGAAGAUCGUCCAGUCACUUGGGAGGGUUUCGACGAGGAGGAGUUUCUACAUCGAGCCGCUCUGCGGCGAGAGAGCACCGGCACAAUCUCAUGGGAACAGCUUGAGAUGCAGCGACAUGCAGAGCAGCUGGAACAAGAUCGAAAUGCGAACCGGUCGACAGAGAAGAAGAAAGAAACUCAUUCCCCAUGGUGGAACCCGGCGGCCGGACUUACGCUUUAUCAGCAAGAUAGCGAGCUGAAGUCCAUGCGUGACCGCGCUCGACCUCCUAUGUUGGGGAAUGAUUUGAUGUUUCCCCGAUGUACUUCGCCUGAACCAGCCAGGUUUGACGUGACGCAGGGCUCAGAAGCAUUGCGAAAGCAGAUGUGCUAUUUGAGUGAGCAGUCCAGUGUCGAAACUGCUACUAAGGGUGGCCUUUGGGCAGCUGCACCUGUUAAAAAGUCCGACCAGCGCAUGGCCUCGGCGGCUUCUAAGGGUCCUGCCCAGAGCACUGCCGGCAAAGGUCUUUGGGGCGGUUUCUGCGUCAGCAAUGAUGAUGAUGCUUCUUUGAACACUGCACUAUCGCCGCCUGCUGGCCCUACUGGGCUGAUGACACCUGCUCCUCGGGCUGCAAAUUCGAACCCAUUCGAGCAAUCAUUCGCCCAGCGCAAUGGGUCCGCUGUGGCAGUGGCAGCUACCCCGAUGAUGUCUGAAACCGUUGAUCUGAACCGCCUGGAUGCCAUACUCAUGUCGGAGAAGCAAAUGGUCGCACAGAUUGAGCGUGAAUAUCCAGACUCUUUUGUCACGCAAGUAUACAACUAUCUUUCGCUAGGCUACCCGUCAUUAGCUCGCCCCUUCGACGAAGAGCUGUCCAAGAUUAGCUGCAUUCCGAUCUCGGAAUUGCGCGAGGAUGACGUGAAGGCCAAACAGAACCCGCGAGGUUAUAUACGAUUGGGCACAGACUUCGAGGGCGGUGGUGGACAAGGUAUAACAAGUCAGGAUUGUAAGAGAUGGCAGGCCCUCAAGUUGUAUAUCUUCGAGUGGGCCAAGCAGGAGAAGAAUUUUGACAAGACCGAUGCUACAGGUGGUAACUGGGCUACAACGCAACGCCGUGGGUCCUGGGCGAUUUGA